CUCUCCGCUGGAAACUGAAGUGUGAUUGUCGAUGCUGUGGGUGUCCGACUUUCUCUGUCAUUUUCUAUUUUCUCUGAGCUUUCGCUCGUCUUUAAAUUCGUCUUUUAGGUUUCCUGUUUUUUAAAAGUGAAACAAACCUAUAUAGGUGACUUAGGAUAUGUUUUAAAAAACUUCUUUCUGGGGUUUUCUUUUUUUUUUUUUUUUUUUUUUUUUAGAAACCGAUGGAAGGCGGACACCGAGAUGGAGAAGCUUACCGAUAGCUCACUGGUUAGCCGAGAAGCAUAGCUCGCGGAUAGACUCCAGCUAGCAUGCUAACAACUGUCUAAUUUAGCUUUUAUUGGCUAACAGGGAGGCUUCUUUUACUGACACCAGAAUUAUUCUCGUUUGUCUUGUUUUUUUAAUUUUUAUUUUAUCGUGUUCGGUUUGUGAGGGGACAGGGAAGCCAGGAAGACUCGAUUAUCUGGUCAAAAAAAGGAGAACGGCGCGGCUUUUUGUCGAGAAGCGGCGGCUAGGUGAUCUUACUAGCUCUGUCAACCAGACUGGACAUUAUGCUGUCUAACGCUCAGAACCAGCCACUGUUUCCCAUCCCGGCGGGCCAGCAGAACCCCACGGGCCAGUUCCACGCCAGACCCCACCUACAGAUCCAUAAGAACGCCAUAACGGACGAAUACAAGAUAACCGGCCAGGUGUUGGGACUUGGGAUCAAUGGCAAGGUGGUGGAAAUAUUCCAGAGGAAGACCGGAGAUAAAUAUGCUUUAAAGAUGCUGCAGGACUGUCCCAAAGCACGCAGGGAAGUGGACCUUCACUGGAGGGCUUCGCCGUGCGCCAAUAUCGUGCGCAUCAUCGAUGUUUAUGAGAACCUCUAUCAGGGCAAGAAGUGUCUGCUUAUUGUCAUGGAGUGUAUGGACGGCGGUGAGCUUUUCAGUCGAAUCCAGGACAGAGGAGACCAGGCCUUUACAGAGAAAGAGGCCUCUGAUAUCAUGAAGAGCAUAGGAGAGGCCAUCCAGUUCCUACAUGCAAUCAAUAUUGCACACAGGGAUGUUAAGCCAGAGAAUUUACUGUAUUCGUCGAAGAGGCCAGGGGCUCUCCUGAAACUCACAGACUUCGGCUUUGCUAAGGAGACGACCUCACACAACUCUUUAGAUACUCCCUGCUACACACCAUACUACGUUGCUCCAGAGGUUCUUGGCCCGGAGAAAUAUGACAAGUCAUGCGACAUGUGGUCUUUGGGCGUCAUUAUGUAUAUUCUGUUGUGUGGGUAUCCUCCUUUCUAUUCCAACCAUGGACUAGCCAUAUCUCCUGGGAUGAAGAAGAGGAUAAGGAUGGGGCAGUAUGAAUUUCCCAACCCUGAAUGGUCAGAGGUGUCUGAAGAAGCUAAACAGCUCAUCCGGACCCUCCUGAAGACUGAACCGACCCAAAGGAUGACCAUCACAGAGUUUAUGAAUCAUCCAUGGAUCAAUCAAUCAAUGGAGGUUCCCCAGACCCCACUUCACACCAGCAGGGUUCUAAAGGAAGAGAGGGAUGCAUGGGAGGAAGUCAAGGAGGAAAUGACCAGUGCCUUGGCAACGAUGAGGGUCGACUACGAGCAAAUCAAAAUCAAGACCAUCGAAGACUCAAACAAUCCACUGCUAAAGAAAAGGAGGAAGAAAGCCUCAACAACCGCUGCCCACUGAGAGCGUGGGGCCUGCAUGCACACAUUAAACACCAGGUUGAGAGGAGAAAGCAAUAAUUGUCGACACGAGUCGCACUGCAUGGAUUUUCUCAGUGUCUUAUUUUUCCUAGCAAAUUCUGAAGUUUUCUAUGUGUUUUUUUUUUUUUUUCUUUUUUGUUACUCGGCUAUUUUAACAAGCUCGCCACGCUGCUCCCUGCAGGGUGAUGAGCAGGUAGACGUUUUUACUCCGGAUAAAUAUUAUGAAAUGCAGAGGAACAGGAGAAGGAGACAGGAAGUGGUGUUUGGGAUCCUUCUCUCUCUCUCUUCUCUUUUCACAAUAUCAGGUUGCAUACUCAGAGGGGCUUCCAAUGUUGGAAUAAAACAUGGAGCCUUAGUGUUAGCUGUAGUUAAAUUUUACCCCCUUAUCCGUAAAUGUUUUAUCUUGUGGCUAAUUCCCAAAAAAAUGGAAAUAAGCAAAGGUUUCUUUCCGUAUACAUGCAAAGUUAGCAGAUGUAUUUUGAACUGACGAGGAAUGUAAAAGUUGCCUUCCCAGCCUGUGGGAGUUGGCUAUAUUCUGACAGGAAGUGUCUGUCUGGUUCAGUUUGUCUUUAUGAAUGUUAAACUGAGGCCUAUGCACUCAAACAAGGGAACUGCGCCACUGACCGAGCACCUCAGUCGUAUUCCUUCUCUCCUAGCUAAAUAGGUGCCGGUCAGACAGAACGUUUUUCUUUUCCAUGUAGCUCACCGGAGAGGAGGCAAACGAUACUGUAUUUUUUCAUAUAUUUCUAAGACAGUUAUAGCCUAGGCCUUACUGAGUAUUACUUAUUAUUGCAAAUAGCUUUUAACCCCUUUUUGGCUUUUUUUUUUAUUUGUUUUGGUCGUUUAAGCUUUUACCAAUUUUACCCCUCUGAUUGGGAAAUAUCGGCAGAUAGUUUUUCAGGUCAAUGCUAUGCAGAUGUCUGUCAGUUUGGGAUAGUGUUGAUUUCAAAUGUGUUGGGAAGAUGUCAUGCAUCAAUAAGGGGGUUUAUAUAAGGAAUAGGAGGGCGGGUGUUUAAACUUAUUCCUCCUGCCUUCUUCCUGAGUGAGGACCCUCUAGCAGGUUACCACACUGCUCCCUCCAUCACUGAUUGGUUGUAAAUCUGCCAGGACACUUCCUAACUCACUUGGGAUCAUAGAAAGUUAUCAAUAAUUUUAUCAUUUGGGUUUUUGUUUUUGUUACUAUGUAAAAUCACACCCACCUUAGUAUUUGAACCACACGGAUGAAUCGCUCACAGUGAGAGUGCUUUGGGUCGGGUUUUUGUUUUGACCCCUCAGCAUCACAUUUUUGUAGUGAAGCACAGAUGUGUCUGUCUUUAGGCUCGUCUUAGAGUCUGUUCAGCUCCACCUGUCAUACUUUUUGUCUGCUUCAGCUUUGGAUUAAAAAACCUCAUGUAAAACAA